AUGGCGGCUGCGGGGAGCAGGGGCUGCUGUGUGUGUGUGGUUCAUGGUGGGGUAUUUGCUACCCUUGGUACUACGGAUUUUCACAACUUACUUGCUGAUUACUUUACCAAAAUUCAUGACUAUGAUAAGAUUGAUGAAGAGGAUAAGGCAACUGUGAUUGUUUGGAUAGAUGGUGAACUGAGUUUAAGUAGAUCAAUGAUCAAUAGCUCUGAUAAGAUAAUUCGAAAAGGUGGCUCCUCAAUCUUCCAGCAUGCUGUUGAAGGUUGGAAAAUCAAUUCUUCUUUGGUACUGGAAAUACGAAAGAACAUUCUUCGAUUCCUGGAUGCUGAAAGAGAUGUCUCAGUGGUCAAAAGCAGCUUCAAGCCAGGGGAUGUAAUCCAUUACGUACUGGACAGGCGCCGCACUCUAAACAUUUCUCAGGAUUUGCACAGCCUUCUCCCUGAAGUUUCCCCAAUGAAGAAUCGCCGAUUUAAAACCUGUGCGGUUGUUGGGAAUUCUGGCAUCCUUCUGGACAGUGGAUGUGGAAAAGAGAUUGAUAGCCAUGACUUUGUAAUAAGGUGCAAUCUAGCUCCUGUGGUGGAGUUUGCUGCCGAUGUGGGAACUAAAUCUGAUUUUAUUACCAUGAACCCAUCAGUUGUACAAAGAGCAUUUGGAGGCUUUCGGAAUGAGAGUGACAGAGAAAAAUUUGUCCGUAGACUAUCCAUGCUGAAUGACAGUGUCCUUUGGAUCCCUGCUUUCAUGGUCAAAGGCGGAGAGAAGCAUGUGGAGUGGGUUAAUGCUUUAAUCCUUAAGAAUAAAUUGAAAGUGCGAACCGCCUAUCCAUCACUGAGACUUAUUCAUGCUGUCAGAGGCUAUUGGCUGACAAACAAGGUCCACAUUAAACGACCCAGCACUGGUCUCCUCAUGUAUACGCUUGCCACCAGAUUUUGUGAUGAAAUUCACCUGUAUGGAUUUUGGCCAUUCCCGAAGGAUUUACAUGGAAAACCAGUCAAGUAUCAUUAUUAUGAUGACCUGAAGUAUCGGUACUUUUCUAAUGCCAGUCCUCAUAGGAUGCCAUUAGAAUUUAAAACAUUGUAUGUAUUACAUAACAGAGGAGCACUUAAAUUGACAACAGGGAGAUGUGCACAGCAAUAAAGCACAUGUAAAGUACAAAAAGUAGUACAUAAUACACACUUCAUCAUAAAGAUGUUGUGGAAUGGCAAUGGGAUCCCAGUGAGGAUAUGUUUCAAUACCCGCUAAGCCAUCGGAAAAAGGAAUUUUAUCAGAAGUACAUAACCAGCUAUUAUACCUGUAAAGUGCUAUAUAACUAAGCUAUCUUGACUGCAAGGGUUCAAGUAAGUGCCACUUUCACUAAGAACAAAGCUUGAAUGUAUACUCAGUAGUGUUUACAGGAUCCAAUGACACAUUCAUCAUGAAUUAAAGAAGAAAAAUAUAGCCUGCUUAUUGCUGACUUGCCACUGUGGUUAAGACGGGCCACGGAAGAAAUCCCCAGUGGAUGGAAUAUGUUCUUCAGCAAAUAAACUAGGCUUUGGCAGAAGAUAUCAUGAUGGAAUUGAGUAGAGAAAGUGAAGUCCAUAAGAUCAAGCAAAUCAGUAAAUGCCUUCAGUCAGAGGACUGUUUCUGAUCUUGUAUUAUAACCUCAGCUUUUGUUGCUGUUUUUCUUAUUGCUGUUGGUUGGGUUUUGUUGUUUUUAAGUAUUGGAGCCUUUAAAGAUUUUGAGGAUGUUAUGAGUAAUCGAAAGUAUGUAUCUUAUGGAGUUGUCUUAGGAAAAAAAUUCAUAAAGGUGGGAGGGUGGAGGGAAACAUCAAAUAUUUUAUUGUUAUUGUGUUGUAUCCUGCUGUCACACAACCCUUAAUGUCCCAAAUGUUUUUGUAGCUACCGCUGUCAGUACCCAUGACAUGGAACCGCUCAGAGGCCAUAUUGAUCCAUUUUUAAAGAGAAGUUUUUCUGUUGUCUUCUAAUGUGAAGACGUGUGAGAAGGUGCCCUUAUUUUUGGUACCAAAGAUUACUCUUACACAUUUUUUCCUUUCCUUGAAGAAAUGAUGUAGAUUUAGUAUGAUAUUUCUUUGCUGCUGAAGGGAACAUAUUCUUUAUGUUAUUUAAACUUUUGAAUUAAGCAUCUCAGAGCGAAGCCUCUUUACUGACUUCAUAUAUAGAAUUUCAUUCUUCAGAAAAAUCAGCAGGAGUAAGUAAAGAAAUUAUUUCAUACAUUCAAAUAUAUUUAUACAACUUUUAUUCCCAAUUGAAAGGAAAACACAAAGUCUAAAGGAACUCGGGUGAUGCUGGAACACAUCUAGAGAAAAAAAAGAUCUAGCCAAUUAAAGGGAAAAUGAAAGAAUUGUAGGUCAAACAGUUCUUCUAAAACUUAAAUUUCUAAUGGUGUUGGAUGAUAUCUCUCUCUAAUAUACCUCUUUUGUAUCAGCUUGGUGUUCUGAUUUGUAAUUAACCGAAAUAACACAGAGCUGCAUUAUCUCACAGUGAUUUUUCUGGGCAUUGUUCUUGCUUAUCCAUGAAACCAAGAAUUCUUUUACUGUCUUCUUUCAAAAUAGAGAAUGAGAAAUUACAGGAGGGUAGGACAGGGUGGAGUAUCAGUACAACAUAUACUAAUACACAAAACCUGUCUGCAUAUGGUAUGUUUUAGUGCUAGUGGAGGACAUAAAUGAAGAAAACCUGGUUACGCCUCGGUCAGACCAGGCUAUGGAGAAGGUUUGAAGAUUCAAUGUAUGGAUAUUUUCCUGUUAUGUUUUCAGCUCUAUGUUAGAUCCUUAUCUCCAAAUAUGAUAUUUGGUGUAUCUAGUGAAUUUUUAACUAGCUUGAGCAAUUUCAUAUGUAGCACAACACUCACAAACAUUUACUAGCUAGAAGUGCCAUUUGUUACCCAUUUUUCCUCUUUAAGUUCACAUAUAUGACUAGAGGUCUGUGAUUAUACAAAAAUAGUGGCUAUGUCAUGGCCUUGCAGUUUUGCCAAAAGUUGAUGGGAAAUAAGAAGUCAUCCUGCUACAUCUAAGACCCAGUAGCAUCUUUCUAUAUUCACCAGUCUUUCCUACCCAGGACAGUCUCCUUUGGCUAUACAGUAAGGUGCAGGAUAUGGUCCUAACAUGAUCACCAGUGAAACCAAGGCAUCACAAGGAACCAAACAGCAACACAGAUUGGAAUAUGUUUAAUUUGUUGUUGAUAAGCCAGAGGGUGUUACUUGUACACUGUGUAAACCUGCAGUUUAAGACAAAGUUUUAGGGUUUUGCUGCUGUUAAUCUUUUAAAACUUAUGUCGUGUACAUUGACAGAAUUUCUAUUGAGAUAAUUCAAAGAUGCCAGUCUCACAGAAGCUCAGAGAAGCAUCUGUUUAGCUUUAUCUUUUUUUCUGGGAAUGUCUUCUUUUUUCUCUAGUGUCAGACCAUCAACAAAAAGGGAAUUCAAGUAAAGUAGAAUAUUAACUGACGUGAUUUUUUUCACUUCGGGAAGGUUUUAAUAUGCCAAUCAUUAUUUCUCUAAGAGCAAAGCAGAGACACUCUAAUUCCUGUGGUACUAAAAAGAAAAAAUUUACUUGUGUAAAUUGAAUAGCUGAACACAAUGAGACAUAAAUAGGAACACAGAUGAGAAAGUUUGCUUUUAGAAGUCAACAGAUGAAGCAGAAUUUGGCCUGAGCCUGUUUUGCAAGCUUCACAUUUGAUUCUCUGCAAGUCAAGUUAACUUUAGUACACAAGCGAUGGAGUCCAUAUUUUUACCCAGUCACUAAAGCUGGUACAACAGGUUUCUCUGACUUAGCUGAGCACAAGACACGACAGUAGCACCUACUUCCAAGACAACAGAGUUUGUCCAUACUUUCUCAAGACUGGUCCUUAACUUCACCCCCUGCAGGCUUUACACGUUCAGUUCUGCAUGAGCUACAGUUUCAUGGCUUUCUACCAUCAUCCACACUCACCCUUCUCAUAGCAGCCUCCCCUCAAACUGGCACCCUAUUGAAAGCAUAGGACCCAUCUCCUGUCUCACAUGCCUCAGCUGUAUCCUUAGUUGAAGUGUAAUGUAGUAAAUGGUAGGUUUAAAAUGAUCCUCUGAGGCAAGCAACAGUUGUAGUCUUUGACUGUGGAGGUUUUCACAAAGACUAGGAGUCAUUUUAUUCUGUUGCUCUUGUGUGGGAUCUGUGUCCAUGUGGAGCCCAAAACUUAUGGGGCUUCCUGGUGUACAGUUUGUUGUGCUGCAAAUUGUCUGUUUUAAGGUGGUUUGUGAGCACCAUUUACUGGUUACUCUAGGGUGACCUGUUAUGGGACAUGCCCAGAGCUUUUCCUGCUAGGUUACAUGGCCUUGGUUUUUAUUCCUCUCACUGCUGGAAAGCUGUAGCAGUGGACUUGUUUCAGAAACCCUAUCUUAUCUUUCCCCUAUACCUCCUGCCUCUGCAUUGCCCUGAGACUCUUUGUGUUCUUCUAUUGAGGCACCCCAGGUCCUGAAUGAAAACAAAAAAAAACAGAUUAGUUCCACUGUGUGACUCCUUUUCCCUGAAGGUGACCAAAGGCUCUGUAGCACCAAAGGCUUAGCUGCUGUAUAAGGACUUCACAGUGGAAUAAAUUUCACCUCUCAGUCCUUCACAGGGAAGCAGUCAACAGCUCAAGCCUCCAUAGAUGCCUUGGAUGAUUUCUGUUUAUAUACCUUUGCACCUCCUGUGCUGCUUACAGCACAGAUCAGUUGAACAGGCUUUAUUAUAGUUGCCACUUCAAUCAUCCAAUAUUAUCAAUGACUAACAAAAAGUAGAUAGGAUACAAAGAAGAAGGAUCUCCAAUAUUGUAAUGAUAUCUGCCCUGCUGAGGAACAGCUGAGAAAUGUGCAUCAGUUGAGUGUUCCUCAAAUUUAAUCUUCACAUCAGUCAUACCAGUUGCCAGCUAUGGUUCCUAAAUGAUUGUUAAAAGUAGGAACUGGGAGCUACAUCAAGACAGCAGAGAGUGUAUAUUUUUCCGAAUCUUACGGCAGCUUUACAUUGUACAACUUGAUUUCAUUCAGAUAAGUUUACUGUAAAUUGUUUAUUAAUGUACAUGUUAAUGUUUCUGUGGCAGAGAGUUUUUUGUAUUUCAUAAAAAUAAUAGAUAAAUAUAUUUGACUUUUAAGUUUUUCGCUUUGGGACAGUUCUCUCCCACAGCUCUGAGCCACUCUCUGGAAAGAAGAUCUACUGAACCUUUCAAACUCUGGUUUACAGGAUCUGAUGUGUAAUAAAGACUGUAUCAUUCUUUCGUUAAACAAUAUAAGCAACAUGUGCUUGAGGUCAGCACCUUUUCUCUAAUUGACUACAAUUUGAAGAAAAACAGGUGUGGGAUCAGUACUUUUUUUUUUAGUGUUUGAUCUAGCAAAGUGCUGAGCACUCUUUACAGUGACUUUCCUGGGAGAGACAGGUCCAGGAUUUAGAUGGGGAUCUAGAUUAGCAUAUUUCAGGAUAUAACUCUGAAAUUGCACAUUAUUUAUUUUUAAGAGCACUGUUACUUUGUGUAGGGAAAAGCACAAUUGUUCUAAAUGUAGAUAAAAUAAAGGAAGUGCGUUUACAGAGAGCUUCAUUCCUGCACAGUACUAUUGCUACUGAGCAUACGUAAUAAAAUUUCUGUGAUUUAAAGUAUUGAUAUAUGUUCUGUCAAGAUUGUCAUGUUUGACACUGUUAAUAUUAUUUCAAGUACAGCUAUGGGGAUUGGGUUUUAUUUGUAUAACUGUAAAAUAAAGAAGGGUUUGGUUUUUUUCAUUUUUUCUGCUA